CAAUAAUGAAGUAUAAUUUAAAAAAAAAUCAUAGUUAAAGGACUACCUUUCAAAUUAAAGGCUAACAUUAAAAGAAAAAUAAUUCAAACACUACCGUGAACGAUGCUAUUCCAGACUUGGAUGAAAUCUGAUAAACUUGAAUAAAACUAAACAUGGGAAAAGAAGAAGUAACGGCUGUUAAGAAACGGCGCAAAUUAAAUACAAGUACAUCAAAUGACGGAACAAAGUCAGUUCCCGUUGAUGUAUACAAGCGUGUUGUUGAAUUUGAAGAAGCUGAAGCUCAUCUGCGUCCAGCUGAUAAGGAUGCUGCCUUUUUCAAUAAAACAUGCCAAGACAUAAGGCAACUUUUUAAAGAGAUUGCAGAGUUAAAAACUAAAGAAACAUUGGAGGCUAAAGAAAAGAUAAAUGCAAAAAGAGUGGAAGCUUCAUUACUGCUGGUUGCGUUAAAGAAAUUAAAUCGCCUGGAGAAAGUACGAACUAGAGCUGGUCGUGAUGCGCUCCAUAAAGAGAAACAGAGAGUUGAUUCCACACAUUUACUGUUACAAAAUUUACUUUACGAAGCAGAUCACUUAAACAAAGAAGUAACUAAAUGUUUACAAUUCAAAUCUAAAGAUGAAGAAAUAGAUCUUGUGCCUCUUGAAGAAUUCUAUAAAAAUGCACCUCCUGAUAUUAUUAGAUCAGAGGCCACAAAGGCUGAUGAACAUCAAUUACAAUUAGCCCGACUGGAGUGGGAGUUACGUCAACGUCGUGAAUUAUCUGAAGCCUGUAAUGAACUCAUUUCUUCCAAGGAACGAGUAGCAGCUGCCAUUGCUGCUGCACGUUCUAGGCUUGAUGCAUUGGCUCCACAUCUGAAAGAUGUCUUGAAAUCCACUAAACCUUUGCAAGAAUGUCUUGCUCUACGCUUGGAUGAAAAACGUGAUGAGGCCAGGGCCGCAAGCUUGCUUCCAGCAUCACUAUUCUUACUGUUUAAAAAUGCAAACGCAUAUUCUGAUAUUUUAGGAAGCAAAGUUAUUAGUGUUGGUGUUUGCGGUGAUGAAGAUGAAGCUCGCCGGCAUGAUCAAAACAAUGUUGAAAAUGAUAUUAUUUCAUCAAAUGAGUCAGAUUCAGAUCAAGAAAAUAAUGAUGAAGAUCAACAAACCAAAAAGAAACGACAUCACAGAACUAAAAACGUAUCUAAAGAAGACAAAGCAGAAGCUAAAAUAAAACGAGUAUUCAAGAAACAUCCUUUAAAUGUACAAGUUUCAGUUAAAGCAGAAGAUGGUACUGCAUUGAAUCUCAUAUUAUCAUACCUCAUAAACUUGAAAAUUAUAGUUGUGAAGUUUACUGUAUCGCUACCCAAACCUGUCACUGGUGUAUCUGCUGCUGAUGUUCUAAAUGGACAUUCUAUUUUAAAUGAACUGUACCCAGGGGAUACGGGAGAUGAUUCACCCCACCCUGCAACUUCUUAUUUACUAAAAAAUGCAGGUAUAUCGGAAAGCUUUUCUCAUUUCAUACCAGAAAUUGGACGCCCAUACGUUUGGGCACAAAGAAUGUGUGGAAUUGAUUUUAUGACUUCAGAAUUGAAUGAGCAAUCUGUUAGAAGAGCUGUUGAACCGUGUCCUAAUCUCAGUGUCGCCACUGUUGAAAAUUUUAUCAUGACAUUGAAAAAGAGACUAAAAUGUAGAGUAAAACUUAUGCAUGAGCUACAAGAUCUAGAAUCAGGAAAGAUUUCACCACCAAAAGGAAGCUUGCCUCCUUCUAUGCGUCUAGCAGGUUCUUUGACUCAGUGGCAGUCUGUUGGUUGGCCUGAGUACAGUCAGGCCCCAUCAACAGCUUUUCUUGUAACUGAAGGUUUAGUAUCUGCAAAUGAUUUACUUUAUAGAGCGAUAAUUACCAGACAAUCAGCUAAGUUGGUGGCUUUAGUUGCCCUCAGAAGCGAUUAUCCUAAGAGCGUGCCAAUAUUUUCUCUAACUUUACACUGGAAUGGCACUCAUCACGCAGGUAUUAAUGAUGAUAUCCGGGAUAUUGAAAGAGUCNCAACAGCUUUUCUUGUAACUGAAGGUUUAGUAUCUGCAAAUGAUUUACUUUAUAGAGCGAUAAUUACCAGACAAUCAGCUAAGUUGGUGGCUUUAGUUGCCCUCAGAAGCGAUUAUCCUAAGAGCGUGCCAAUAUUUUCUCUAACUUUACACUGGAAUGGCACUCAUCACGCAGGUAUUAAUGAUGAUAUCCGGGAUAUUGAAAGAGUCAUAAAUACUGAGAUAGAUUUAGAGGAACGCAAGCACUGCACCCUUUCUACUCAAAUAACAAAAUUAUUAGCCUGUCUUGAUAUUCUAUUGGAAACAAGCGAUUCCCCAGAAUUUCCACCAGACAAAGUUAUACUUCAUCCAGUUAGAGGACGUAACAGGAGCAAGCCAUAUAAAUUUGUAAACCAAGGUGUUGGUGUCUUUGUACAUCACUGAAUUGAAUAAAUUUUACAACUCGUCAA